CACCUUCUGUGACCCUCAUCUGCUGCCGUCCUGGGUCUAAAGCAAAAUUACCCCGGAUCAUAACAACAGGUCCCGUCCAUUACAUUUUUUUUCCUCGGGACAAUGGCCGCAGCUCGCCCUAUUCACACAUCCUACUCACACGGAUCCCACCAGGCAGAGCACGGAGUCAGCUCUGUAGUAUGCGCUGAAGGGCAAACGGCUGGAUAUGUAAAUAUGUGCAUUUAUCAAAGCGCAUAUUAAUGGUAUGUGCUCCGGACUAUUUUAAACUAACACGUGGAGUUAUCCUUUGCACAAGUUUUUCUCCGCUGACAUCGAUCUUUUACGUGCGUAAAGUUAUGCGUAAUCUGUGCGUAAAGUUGCCCUUGAUACGCUGCAGUGCAAAAUAAAGAUAUCACUGCAUUAUUUAUGAUCCUUACAACUUUUACAGCGACAAUGUGUACACUCUUCGCGGAGCAGUCUGUUUUGUAAGGACAUAAUCAAAGUGGGGAAAUUGCUAUUUCAUAGCCUCGCAGCCUUUGUGAGCCGCAACAAAAGAGAGGCGACUGUAUAUCGGGAUCAACUUUUUAGGACUUUUAUUGUACAAUAACCUUUGCAUAACAACUAUUCCUUUUUUCCCGAGCGUUGCCCGAGGCACUGCGCAUGCGCGGUAGCUGCUCGCUGUCACUAAGACAUUUUUCUUCACGUUGGAAACUGUCACUGGUGACGUCAAUCACAGAGCUCUGACCAAUUAGAGCGCAGGGUGAUUGUUUAGCUCCACGGGCUGCAGCGCCUACCAUGAAUCUCUAUUCAGUAUCAAAGCGUCCUGCUGCUGCCUCUCAACCGAAUGGGAUUCCAUGUAGUCUGCAGAUAGACUUAACUUUAUAAAGUUUUUUUUCUUUAUUUUUUCAUUGCGAUUAAAAUAUAUUUGUCAUCAUCAUUAUUAUUUUGCCUGCUGUCAAGUUAUUCUAAAAUUAGGAAGUAAUGAGCGUGGAUGCAUUGGGAAGCCCCGUGAUGGACCCUACGUUUUCCAAACGGAACACGGCGCUGAGAUUAGUUGACUUGGCAGGGGCUCACCACCAUCACCAUCAUCACCACCAUACCCCUCAGAGCGUGACAGGCUUCCCGGGGUUCAGCAGCCAUCCACACUCAAUGGCUCACUCGCACCCUGGGGAGAUUACUGCGGAACCCCGCCUGGGGCCGAGUCCAUUCGGGCCAGAACACAUGGGGCACUCCGCGGCCCUCAAAAUCAGCCCAGCCCAUCAUUAUCCCCACCACCAUCACCACCACCACAAUCAUCAUAUGGCAGGCCACAGUGAAGUGGUCUCCAGUCAAACGGGAGCUUUUGGCCCGGUUCAGGCGACAUCGGUCCCCUAUUCUAUGUCUCACACGGCCCAGGCUUUAUCUGCAGGUAGGGAUUUCCUCAUCCGGAGAGAUCUGACAGCUCAAGCCAUGCCAGUACUGACUGACCAGACUGCUGGUUCAGCCUCUCACCACGGAAUGUUUGUCUCAACAACAGGUAGCUAUCCCGGACACUAUGGUCAUCACCCUGACGCUGGGAACCAUACCCUCUUCUCCGGACUCCACCACGAGCAGCCUUCUAGCGGAUCACCGGGUGGCCAAACACUGAAUGGACAAAUAAGGUUAGGACUACCUGGAGAAAUGUACGUUAGGUCUGAUCACUUGAGUCAAGUGGCAAGCUCCAGGGCUGAUCCGUUCUCUGCCUCGCCUUUGCAUGGCUACGGUGGUCUGAAUCUGAACAUGAAUCUUAGCGCUCAUCACCACCACGGAGCCGGUGCCUUUUUCCGCUACAUGAGGCAGCCGAUAAAGCAAGAGCUGAUUUGCAAGUGGCUGGAGCCGGAGCACUCGCCGAAGAAACUUUGCUCCAAAACUUACAGCACCAUGCACGAACUCGUAACGCAUGUGACGGUAGAGCACGUUGGAGGACCAGAGCAAGCGAACCAUAUAUGUUUUUGGGAAGAGUGUCCCAGGGAAGGCAAACCGUUUAAAGCAAAAUACAAACUUGUAAAUCACAUUCGAGUGCACACCGGGGAGAAACCGUUUCCGUGCCCGUUCCCUGGUUGUGGGAAAGUGUUUGCAAGAUCCGAAAAUCUAAAGAUUCACAAAAGGACGCACACAGGUGAGAAACCCUUCAAAUGUGAAUUUGACGGCUGCGACAGACGCUUCGCCAACAGCAGUGACCGGAAAAAGCACUCGCACGUCCACACCAGCGAUAAGCCCUACAACUGCAAAGUGAGAGGCUGCGAUAAGUCCUACACACACCCCAGCUCCCUGAGGAAACACAUGAAGGUGCACUGCAAGUCCCCUCCGCCUAGUUCGGGAUAUGAGUCGUCCACCCCCUCCCUGGUCUCCCCUUCCUCAGACUUGGGCCGGGAACCAGGCGGCUCCUCGGUGUUGUCAGAGCCGGUGGGAGCCUCCCAGCCCGCGAAUUUAAGCGAGUGGUACGUCUGCCACAGCUCAGGUGCCAGCGGCGCCCAAACACCACCCAGCGGGCACUCUACACCCGACCCCGCAGACGAACCACCUUACAGAAACCCAGAACCGAGGGACGCUUUUUAACCCGGCUCAAGCUCUCUCUCUCUCACACACACACACACACACACACACACACACACACACACACACACACCAGCAGAGACAGAAACACAUUUCCACAAGCUUAACAAUUAAAAAGGCGGUUUGGCUUUGGUGCCCAUGUGCCUGAUUAGGACCACUGGUACCCUUUUUUUUGGAGGGGGAGGGAAGGGAAGGGGAUGAGCCACCAAACAGACAUCCAGAACCAAGAGACGCAUUUUAACCACAUCGGAAGGAAAAUGUGCUAACCUUGAAGACGUGCUAAUUUCCAGGCAUAUAAAAAGAAUAUAUUUUCAAACCUCACUUGUUCAGAGCGGUUGGCUCGGUGCCUACACGCCCUCACGGCCCACAGGUCCACUUACGGAGAGAGUCUUGUAAAUCUGUUAGACAAUGUGGUACAUUAUUGUAGGCUUAGGCAUGUUGGUGUAAAAUUAUUAUUAUUAUUAUAUUUUUUUUUUGUAAAUGAGUUUGGACUUCGAUAUGUUUUUAUUUAUUUUUCAAUCUGACAUUGAAGGAUUUUGUAUUACCGAACCAAAGUGCAUGUUUGAAUUAGAACAACAACAGCAACAGAGACAAAAAGGAAAAAAAAAUGUACAUUUGUAAAUUUUUGUAAGUUUCGAUGUGUUGAUGUUGAUAGUUUUGUAAGGAUCUGUCUUCGGAGCAGUUUCUUACCGAAAACUGCGGCUAUUUGUACAAAAACAUUUUAUGUUUACAUCUUACGUCCCCUCCCAAACAUUUGUGCAGAGGGUCAGUAAUUAAGCUGUUUCAUAUGCCUGCAGUAUUUGAUAUACGACCGUGAAAUUAUAAAUGUUUUUAUCAAAGUGGGCAUUUUGUGAUUUUUUUUUUUUUGUAUCAUUGUUGUCUUUUUUUUUUUUUUUUUUUUUUGAAUAUCUGAAAUCCAGCGGCACUCAAAAUGCGUACCGAAUUGCCUUGUAAUUUGUGAGUAUUUUGAAUAAAUCUUGUAUGACAAAAGUUAAAUCCCUGA